GACUAUCCACUUGAAAGCAUGAAGGGGAGUGAGUGACAUCAUGCAAGGAGAUUGUGCUGUCGGACGGUGUAGCAGAUUAGGGACGGCUGAGAGCGUCUGAUGUAAGAAGGUCCAUGGAUAGAGAUAACACCGUUCAGCAACUCAGUGCCGAAAUUCAUACAGGCGCAAGACUGCCGAAAUAAAAUUCGGAUUGGCCGAUUGGCCCGGAAAGGGAGGGCCAUGUCAGGAAUACUGGAGUGGAAAGCUCGUCUCUUGGGAGGAGUCAGAAGCCAAAACUCAAGUAAAUGCCAUCUUCGUCUCUGCCAUGAACAAGGCAGGCAGGCCAUGUGUGCGCAUUGAAUUGCAUCAAUCGGGGCUCUUGCGAAUUUGGCAGCGCUGGAGUCUGGACCCGAAUGUCGAAGGAUCCGAAGCGAAAUUUUGUGGCCGACAAGCCAAACGAAAGCCACAUCUACAACAACAGUGAUACCGCGACUUGAAAAGAAUCAGAUGAAGCCUUUGGGACCGAAUCGCUGUCAUAAGCAUUGUCAUCAUGGUUCGAGAUUGAGUGGCCCUUGAAAAGAUUCAUGUGGACCAAGGUAUGAACCAUUUUCCUUGAAGAUGUUCAACGAACCUGCAGGGUUUUGCCUGAGUGAAUUUGGCCAGGGGUUGGAAUUUCAAGGAACUUUGAUGGACUUCUGACUCGACAGACAGAAUUGCCCGUGUCCAAGCAAGGGUUGAGGCGGGCUGGGGGCUCGACGGUCAGACGCAUCCAUGGCCCUGCGACAGCCCGCCAUGUGUAGGAAGGAUCUGAUUUAUAGCAGCAGUUUAGGGUUAUUUCUGAAGAUGUUGGCAGGAGAAAUGUUGUACCAGGAGUAUAUGUAUCUAAUGGGUUGACAUUAUAAUCCCAGUGUGUGCGGAAUGUAGAUCACCAGCUGUAGGGGCGGGGGACUAAUUAUUCUCUGCUCUGUACCGGAAGCCGGACUGUCUCGUCUUCAAUGCUCAUACUUUCUGCUGCUGGUUGAGAGGGAGGGCUGCGAUUCGGGGAGAGUUCUCUUCGGGCUUUAAAAAAAAUGAAGAAUGGGAGAAGAACAGGUUUUGCUCAGACACCGUGGGGAAUUCUAGGCUACUAAAAUACAGGACCGGGAAUCUGUCACGCGCUCUUCAAUUCCUUUGUCAGAAAAUGCUAUAGCUCUGACAGAGCCCUGUCUAAGGAUCAGAUUAUCUCUCAUUCCUGUCAGCGAACGUAAAUGUAUGCGAGACAUGCAUCUCUUAUCUUUUCCUUUCUUCUGACUCCUUUGUUCUUGGAGAUACUGUUUCUGCCACAUUGUCGUUGAUAGUUACAGUCCAUGUCCAGGCCUCUUUGAUGAGCAUAGUACUUGGGAUUUAGAACCUGUCGUACAUACAUUUUUCUACUAGGCAAGCAUAAGGUCUACACAAAUGGGAGUCCACUGCCAACGCCCAUUCAGUAAUGACCAGAGUCGUACUCUGACUUCCCAUCUCAUCCUGUACGUAAGCUGGAUAUGAGGAAUUGGAAUGAUCGUUCUCACUACAGUAUACGAGAGCCAGGCCAAUAAGCUGUGCAGGAUCUUUACUCCAAGAGCCGGAAAUAAGCUUAUUUUUGACCUCGAUCGUGACCAUGUUGGUGCCUUCGGUGGCUAGAAGCUCCAUGUUUCAUCGAGCCAUAGUGCCACUUCCCAGUGUGCUUACUGUUUGAAACGAUCGAUGUGUGCAAAAUAAAUGACUCAUCCAUGUUCUUCGAGCCUUGUGCAGUGAAGCACGUAAGGAAGUUGGAAGCACUGCGGGUAUUUUACUGGAAAUGAGUCAUGCGUCUCCAGUGUAUGUUCACCCGCGGUCGUUUCUGAGCUAUGAUUCGUGACCCUGUGUGCGUAUCCAUGGGAUAUUAUGCCAUAAAAAGGGCCAUUGACACAUGAUGUAGAGGUGAGAAUACUGGCAUUGAUGGU